AACAACAACGAAGUCAACAACAACAACAACAACGACAGCAACAAUGGCAGUGGUCCGUGGACCAGUUUUUAUUCUAGUAGCCGUUUUGGUUACACCCUUUGAAGAUGCACUCACUAAUACAACCAGUCCACAAUUUAAGGCACUUGAGGCACAAGUGGUAGUAAUGUAUAAAUUCAUCUAUAGAGCUCGAUAUGGUUUACUCUUCAGCCAUGUUAUUGUCAUAGCAUUUAGACAAGCUGGGACCAGAACACGAGCAUCUAAUACUGAAGCAGAAGUGGAAGUUGUGUUUAACAACACGAUAACACCUGCAGAAAUCCCACAGGCUGCAGAUGUUGCAAAAACCUUAGUAGAAGCUGUGUCUAAGCCCAACAACUUCACAUUAACUAUUAAUGCCACAUCUGUCGUAGCAACCCAAGUAAACACUUCAACUACAACUACAGUGAGCACCACAACAUCAGUGACUACACCUACAAAUGCAACCACAACAAAUCUUACAAUCACCACAUCUGUAACAAAUACAACUACAGCUUCAACUACAACUGUGAACCCUACAACCACUACAACUGUAACAACUGCUGAGCCAGUCAAAAUACUGGCGGUGAAAUUCAGAUCUGUUAAAGGGAUAUUUACGACUGAGUUGCUGACUUCAUCAUCCACAGCGUUUAAACAACGAGCUACACUGAUAAGGACAGCACUUGAACCUUUCUACCAGGAAAGAUUUCCUUCAUUCCGCUUCAUCACUGUGACUGCAUUCAGUAAUGGGUCCAUUGUCAAUGACAUGGACAUUGGAUUUGCAUUGUCACUGGUCCCUAAUGCAAAUGAGAUUGCGCAAGUUUUGAUUGAUGCAGCCAAGAUAACACCCUUCGACAUUGAAACCAGUUCUAUAUUUGUGAACGGCACACUGUCACAUGGAGUGAGCCACAAGAUCAGUCUCCUCACUGCCUCCUGUAUGGUGCUGCUGUCAUGGCUUCUGUCAGGCCAGCAAUAACAUCUGCGCUGAUGCUUUUGUGAAAUAACUUGAGGAAAUGUCUCCUGUGACUGGGUAUGAAAAAUGAUUUUUACAACAGAAAAUCCACGAGGAACUUCUGAUGAAGAGCACUCAUAGUAUGAUUUAGAAGUAACUAAAGCUAAAAUGAACCUUUAUGUAAUCAAUCAGUAUAGGUUUGAACAUAAUUUCUGACGAAGGUCAUUGGGUGUCAAUUUAUAAUGUAAGAGAUAAAGUCAUAAUAUAAGUUAGACAUAUCAGUGAGACAAA